CUGCAGUUUGUGAAGGACAGAACGAAUGCCCACUUAUUGAUCAAUGAACUUUUAGAAAAUAACUGGAUUGAUCGAAACACACGUGCAAUUUUUGUUGAGUUUACAAUAUACAAUUCAAAUGUCAACCUUUUUGCAUAUGUUGUGUACUUAGUGGAGUUUCCUGAAGUAGGAAGUUCCUUUAUAUGGACUGAUACACAGGCCUUCAAGCCGAUCUUAAGUUUAUCAUCUUUGGGGUUCACUCUUGUCCUUUUCUACCUGAUUGUUUUCUUUUAUUAUAUCAUCCUGCUCUUUAAAAUACUUUUGCAAUGUAGGAAGGUAGGCUGUUUAGCUUUUGUCAAACAACCAUGGAAUUGUGUGGACUGUUUGUGUACCAUUCUCGCAUAUUCUUCUCUAUUAACGUUUAUAUUGAGGAUGAAAUACACGAAUACGGCAAUGGAUAUGUUUUAUGACGACAAAUUGACUGGCGCCAAUCGCUUCAUUGACUAUGGACAUAUUGUGCUUUGGGAUCACGCAUUCAACGUCCUUUUUGCGACUCUUCUGUUUAUAUCAACAAUACAGGUCCUGAGAAUUCUAGGAUACAAUAAAAGAUUUACUGAGGUCAUAUCGGUAAUAUCAAAUGUUGGAAAGGAUUUAUUGGCCUUUGGUGCACUUCUGUUGAUUUUGUUUGUUUCAUUUGUCAUUUAUGCCUAUCUUCUUUUCGGCUCAAAAUUGGAAAGCUAUAGAUCUAUGUAUAAUACAUGUGCUAGUUUAGCCAAUACUUUAAUCGGUAAAAAUAAGGUAGACCCUCUGAUUAUGGCAGCACCAUUAUCAGCUCAAUUCUUUUACGUAGGUUACGUAUUGUGUAUUAUUAUGUUCAUGUUGACUAUCUUUAUGGCAAUCCUGAACACCAGUAUUUCGGCAGUGAGAGCAGAAAGUGUUUCAUCAGCUACAAAAAUAGGAAUGUUAGACAUCGUCAAGAAAUUUGUCAGAAAUACCUUUCACAUUUUCUUCAAACGAAAAAAGAGCACAGAAAUGCGGAAAGACCAAAAGCAAAUCGGUGAGGAUAUAAAUGCUGCAAUUGUGACGGGACUUGUUCGUGACAUCGUUAAUGCAUAUGGAACUAAGGAAGCUAAGUCUGUAGACAGAAAAUACUACGCCGAAGAAGGUCGACGGUCUUUGUUGAUACCUACCAGUCCGACCACCUCUUUGGAAAUAAAAAAGCAGAGCAACGAUGCGGACAAAUGUAAUCGAAAGAAAAUUGCAGACGAAAAGGGCGACCCCGCGAGACACUUCUCGUCCAAAUUUUGAAUCGAGAAUGUCGUAUUUCCUGGCGUCAGAUGUGGACAUGUCAAUACCAGUCUGCGAUACAGAAAAAAGAAAUCGAACUCUGAAGAGAAAGAAACGAUUAUUUGUUCUUUUGAGUGUAUAAGCUUGUACAUUUGUCUUUGUAUUCUUCAUUUUUGCAGUGAAAGUUAAUUCAUGCAGUUGCAAAACUUCACAGGACGCAUAGGCAGUGUCUAAGUGAAUUGUUACUUUGUAAACUUUUUUUAUUAUAGAUAGUUUUUUAAGAUUUAAUGUCAACAUUUAUUUUUUUUCUACUUCGAAGAAAUUGACAACAUCAAUUACAUGUAUAUGAUUGUUUGAACGAAUUUAAACAACGUUUUCUCCAACAAGUCAUCAUUAAGCUUUUUUUUUUCAUUUUGUUGCUCAUUUGUUGAAAACAUUAAUCAAUAGCAUGUACACUAACAUUUUCUUAUUAGAUAUGUUUGAUUUUUUUGAGCUAGAUUAAUAAAAAUGGAUAAAAUCCCUUAACAAAUUUAAAUUCUGCAUCCCAAAUAUUAUUAAAAAAUCCAAAAAUAUUGUAGUUUAUUUUUUGCACGUUUUCUUAAAAAUAGAUGUUGUAUAGUUAAAUGAGAUGUUAUCGGAAUUUUAUUUAAUCUCCACACUGCAGGCCCUUUAGCUAUCAUUCUGUCCGUAGCCUACUUUUGUUCAUCCAAUCUUAGUGUUUUGGAAUACAUUUAAUUUAGUUAUCUUAUUUGUCCUAAUUUCUAUAUCAAAACAUUUCUGUUUAAAAUUCAGAAAUCUAUAAAAACCUUUCAUCCACAGAUUUUUUGUGAGUUUAAUCUUUCAUUGCCUAAUCUUCUACA